GAGUGGUGCAGUGUGUGUCGUGUGGCAGUGCUUUGCCUCGAUCUCUUCACAGCACAUCCUCCUCUCCUCUCCUCCUCCUCCUUAUUCCUUGACACACCUCUAAUAGAGGAGCGACCGGGAGCCGUUUUUAACCAUCGCUGGAGUGGGAUAACACACACACCUCAGCCUCAGUCAUGGUGUUCAUCAGCUUGGCACUCAAAUCUGUCCUGAAGUACUUCAACAGGAACAACAGCGCUGUCAGACUGGACGAGGACAAAAAGUGGUCGGUACACUACACUUCCCAGAAGCCUCAGCAGGAGACACGGCCCUCUUGUGUGGAUGACCGCCGUUCCGUACUAAGAGUCAACCGGGUCAUCGCCAGAUGAGGACCUGUCGGCAUAUUCAUCCAGACCACCACCGAGCCCCCCUACGAACAGUUACGAACCCAUCGAUGACACAGUUAACGGGUAUGACGUCACGGCUAACAGCUGUGACCUCACAGUCGCCGAGGAGACAGAGUGGACUAAGCCCCUCCCCCUGCCGACACCAGAGGAGAAGAUGAGGCAGCAGGCGCAGGCCAUCGCUGCUGAAAUAGUACCCAUCAACAUCACUGGUGAAGGUUUUGAGCGCCAGGCUAGUUUCCGGCGAGCGUUAGCCAACACAGACACUCUGAUCCGUCAACCCCGGAACAAACUAACACGCCGCAAGACCAUCGCCGGGAUACCUGGUGACGUCACCAGAGAUCUGGAACAUGAACCUCACGAAGAGCCAGGGUGUGGUGGAUCAGUGGUUUUGCCUGGUCAGUACUCUACUCUGGGCCGAACCGGCAGUGUCAACACAGCCCUGCUACAGCGUUCUCUCGCACAAGGCCCACACACCCAAUCACUCACGCCCUCACACACCCAGGAGGCCGGCCUGUUGGAGGAGGAAAGGGUAGAAGAGAGGAGAAUGGUGGAAAGAAGAGAGGAGGAAAGGGAGGAGGAGAGGAGAGUGGAGGAGAGGAGAUUAGAGGAAAGGGAGGAGGAGAGGAGAAUGGACGAGAGGAGAGAGGAGGAAAGGGAGGAGAAGAGGAGAAUGGACGAGAGGAGAGAGGAGGAAAGGGAGGAGGAGAGAAGAGAGGAGGAAAGGGAGGAGGAGAGGAGAGUGAUGAAACCUUCAGUGCGUCGGAUCCGAGCCCAGAGAGGACAGGGUAUCUCUUCUCUGAUGGCCUCUCUCACCCCGACCCUCACCCCUAACCCCUCCCUCACGCCUUACCUCAGCCUCACGCCCUCCUCUUCCGUGGGCAGUGUCUCCCUGGGGGGUGAAGAUGGAGGAGAGGGGUUCUGCAGCCUCCCCCGUCAGAACAUCCUGUCCUCCCUGAGCUCUGAUUGCAGCUGCCUCAGCACCCCCUACAGGACAUUCUGCCAUACGACAUCCUGCUCUAUGGAUCAUGAGUUCCUGAGCCAGUCAGGGGAGGGUCAGAGCACCUUACUCGAGGAGGACUGGAGCUACGAGCCCCUCUUACCCUCCAGCCACUCCUCCCCCCUACAUCCUUUCACCUCCAUCUCCACCUCUUGUCAGACCGACUGCGUUUCCCUCUGCUCCGAGUCCCACGGCCACGGCUGCGUUUCCCUCUGCUCCGAGUCCCACGGCCACGACUGCAUUUCCCUCUGCUCCGAGUCCCACGGCCACGGCUGCGUUUCUGCCGACUACGCUACCGGCAGCAACCGCAGUCCCCACGGUAACCGGGACCACCGCGGUCUCCAUGGACACAGCCGUAACCUGUCAGGCAGUAUCUCUCUGAGGAAGUCAAAGAGGCCUCCCGCUCCCCCCACGCGCUCUACCUCACUACGGUUUAAACCUAGCCGGGGGAAAAAACUGCGCUACAACUACAACAAUGACACUGCUGGACCUGGAGAGGUGGCCAUGAAGGGGAGUCUGACCUCCAGCCCUACUCCCCUCUCCCCUCCACUCUCUCCAGGGGUGUUCGAGGACCCAUGGGUCCCCCGCUGUAGCAGUGUGGGCAGGGCAGGUGCUGAUACAGACAGCCAGAUCAACCAUGUCCCUCACUUCCACAGCUUCCACCAACAGCCCAACCCUGGUCAGGAACAAAACUACCCUGCUAGCCCUUGCCAGCAGCAUCCUCACCCAUCUGUCCCCCGCUCAGCCAGUGCUGGAGGGGUGAGCCUGCUUAUGGGACUUAAAAUGGCUGCCUCUUCUCCUAAGAUGUCCGCCACUGCAGGGAGACUCCAGCGGCUGGCAUCUUCCACCUCCAGUGGAUACUCCAGCGAGUGCAACACCCCAACCCUCUCCUCACCCCUCACACCCUCCUCACCCCAAACACCCUCCUCACCCCUCAUCUCCUCCUCCUCCCUCCACCUCACCUCCUCUUCCUCCCUUCCCAGAACAAGUUCUAGCCCAGGGGGAGGAGGGCCAAGACCCCCCAUCCCAGAGAGAAAGUCCUCUCUCCUCUCCUCCCCCUUCUCCUCCUUUUCCUCUACCUCCUCCCUCUCUUCCUACACCUCCUCCGACUCCAGAUUUCCCCCUCUCCCCUCUCCUCCACCCCUGCCCGGCUCCAACAUUCUACCUCCACCCUACCCAUCCCUCCCUCAAGGACAAUCACUCCCCUCUCCUCUCCCUGAUCUGUGCAUCUCUCCCCCUCUUCCCUCUCCCCCUCCUCUACCUCAGCCAUCCCUCCCCUCUCCCCCUCCUCUACCCCAACCAUCCCUCCCCUCUCCUCCUCCUCUACCCCAACCAUCCCUCCCCUCUCCUCCUCCUCUACCCCAACCAUCCCUCCCCUCUCCUCCUCCUCUACCCCAACCAUCCCUCCCCUCUCCUCCUCCUCUACCUCAACCAUCCCUCCCCUCUCCCCCUCCUCUACCUCAACCAUCCCUCCCCUCUCCUCCUCCUCUACCCCAACCAUCCCUCCCCUCUCCUCCUCCUCUACCCCAACCAUCCCUCCCCUCUCCUCCUCCUCUACCUCAACCAUCCCUCCCCUCUCCCCCUCCUCUACCUCAACCAUCCCUCCCCUCUCCUCCUCCUCUACCCCAGCCAUCCCUUCCCACUCCCCCUCCUCUACCUUCUCCCCCUUCCCUCCCGCCUCCCUUGCAUGCCUGUGCAGUGCGACAGACUCAACGCCACCCCUUCUUUUCACCUAUUACACCUGCCAGUCGGGUGACUUCAUUGCUAGGGUUCCCUGCUCAUCCUUCCUCUGAGCUCACAGAGGAUUCAGACCUGUCAAUCAACAGCCCUCCUCAUCUUCCUCCUCUUCCCGCUCAUCCACCACCUCCUCCCUCUUACACCCACACCCCCCUGCCUCCUUCCCCCCUCCUUCCCCUCCCCAGAGCGUGUCCAGGACACACUCCCCAGCCCCUGAUAACAACCCAAGCCCUUCAGAGAGUCACUCUGUGCUCUACCAAGAGGCUAAACAACCCUCCAUCAUCUAAUAUUGAGCAGAGCCAAGAAAGAAAUAACGCUACUCUAACUAGCAUUAUGCUAACCGACCCUACAUCAGCUAAUAUUGAGCAGGGCCAAGACAUCAAUGAUGCUACUCUAACUAGCAUUAUGCUAACCGACCCUAUAUCAGCUAAUAUUGAGCAGGGCCAAGACAUCAAUGAUGCUACUCUAACUAGCAUUAUGCUAACCGACCCUACAUCAGCUAAUAUUGAGCAGGGCCAAGACAUCAAUGAUGCUACCCUAACUAGCAUUAUGCUAACCAACCACACAUCAGCUAAUGUUGAGUAUAGCCAAGCCAUCAAUGAUGCUUCUUUAACUAGCAUUAUGCUCACCGACCCUAUAUCAGCUAAUAUUGAGCAGGGCCAAGACAUCAAUGAUGCUACUCUAACUAGCAUUAUGCUAACCAACCAUACAUCAGCUAAUAUUGAGCAGGGCCAAGACAUCAAUGAUGCUACCCUAACUAGCAUUAUGCUAACCAAUCAUACAUCAGCUAAUGUUGAGUAUAGCCAAGCCAUCAAUGAUGCUUCUCUAACUAGCAUUAUGCUAACCAAUGCUAAGUCAACCAGUGAUGCCCAGCAUAUUGCAAAGAGCACAGAAGCUAAGCUAAAUGGCAUAACGCUAACCAGAGCCCAGGAGCGAGGGGAGGGCAUGGAUACCAAGCUAACCAGCACUGUGUUAGAGAGUGUAGGAAGGUUUGAUGCCGUGCUUACUGAGACGGAAGAGAGAACCCCAAAGAAGGCUGUUGUGCUCUCUAGGCCACUGAGAACAGUGUUUCAAAGAUCUAGCCCCGCUGCUGAAAACACACGACAGAACGGAGAACCUACGCCUCGACAGGAGACCACAUCCUGCCUCGCCGACGGCCAACCAGAGUACUCAGCGUGGGCAUACACACCCACACACUCCUCUGCUACCCCCUCCCCCUCCUCCCCCCACAGACAGAAGCUUCCCGUUGCCCUAAAGAAGCCCAAGAUCAUGCCCCCGCCCUUGCUGAGAACAAACCAGACAGACACACCACCACCACCACCCCCACCCGUAUUGAUAGGUACACCUCCAGAGCCCUCCGUCCCAGAGACACCACCCUCACUUGGGAUAAACCUGUACCGGCCAGAGAUACAGACCCAGCCAGAGACACAGACCCAGACAGAGUCUCAACAACCCAUAGAGAGGACGACCAAGCCCCAGACAGAGUCUCAACAACCCAUAGAGAGGACAACCAAGCCCCAGACAGAGUCUCAACCAGAGCCAGAGACAGCAUACCCCUUCCUGAAGUUCUUCCAGUCACAAUACUGUGUACCAGAGCUACCACCAAGCCCCUGUCCUCCAGCACCCCCUGUACCAGAGUUACCACCAAGGCCCUGUCCUCCAGAACCCUGUGUACCAGAGUUACCACCAAGGCCCUGUCCUCCAGAACCCUGUGUAGCAGAGUUACCACCAAGGCCCUGUCCUCCAGAACCCUGUGUACCAGAGUUACCACCAAGGCCCUGUCCUCCAGAACCCUGUGUAGCAGAGUUACCACCAAGGCCCUGUCCUCCAGAACCCUGUGUACCAGAGUUACCACCAAGCCCCUGUCCUCCAGAACCCUGUGUAUCAGAGCCACAGCAGGAGUCCUGUCCACUGGAGAUGAAGACAGAGACAGAGAGAGAGGACGAGACAGAGAGAGAGGACGAGACAGAGAGUGAGACAGACACAGAGAAAGAGGUAGACACAGAGGCAGAGAGAGAGACAGAGAGAGAGGCAGACACUGAGAGAGAAGCAGCUCCCAGACAGCCACAGAGAGUACCGGUGCCAUACACAGAGCUGGGGAGAUCAGAACCAGAGGAAAUUUGGGUGAUGCAGGAGGAAGAAGAGAAGGAGGAGAGAGAAAAUUGGCAGAAGCUGGAGAGAAGAGAGGAGGAGGGUGAAGAGGAAGACAGACAGAGGGGAGCGAUUGAGGAGGACAGCAAUGAUUUUGAAAGCUUUUCUCUGGAAGAGAGGAGAGACUCUCUGAGCAGUCCUCUGUCUACUGACAGCCUGAAAGGGGCGCUACUCCUGCCAGAUCUGUUCAUCCAAGAGGACGAGGGGGAACUGGGGGAAGAAAGGAUGGAGUGGGAGGAGAGGAAGGAGUGGGGGAAGAGGGAGGAGAGGUGCAGCCUGGACACAGAUGGGGCCAGCAGCUCCACAGGGUCCCUGACCUCCAGAGAAGACAAUGGUGAGGUGUUUGAUAUUUCUUCAGUGGAGAAGAUGGUGACACCACCACGGACUACUGAAGACCUGUUUGCUGCCAUACACAGGUCUAAGAGGAAAGUUCUUGGGCGCAGGAACUCUGAGGAAGACCGAUGCCGUGUCUUUCCCCUCUCCUCCUCCUCUUCUUUCUCCUCCUCUCCUCCAGUGACCCCUCCAGGCCCUAGCCCCGCCCAUCUGCAACCUCUUGAGGUGUUAGGAUCCAGUAAGGUGAUAGGUCAUAGGUUAGGGGUCAGCAGCAGCAGUGACAGCUUCAAGGCUCUGCUCUUGAGGAAGGGAAGUCGCAGCGACCCUGCAACGCGCAUGUCUGCAGCCGAGAGACUCCGCAGUACUGCCCCCAAACACAUGAUGGCGACAACACAUAGCCAGAGCUCACAGAGCCAGAGCUCACAGAGCCUGCGCUCACAGAGCCAGCGCUCACAGAGCCAGCGAUCACAGAGUCAGCAAUCACAGAGCUCACAGAGCCUGCGCUCACAUUGCUCACACAGCCUGCGCUCACAGAGCCUGUGCUCACAGAACUCACAGAGCUCACAGAGCCAGAGCUCACAGAGCCAGCGCUCACAGAGCUCACAGAGUCAGAGCUCACGGAGCUCACCAAGCCAGAGCUCACAGAGUCAUCCCUUGUCAGACAUACACUUGCAGCUUGGAGUGGAGUCACACACUCACACCCCUCAGCCCUUUGCACAAACACACCAGCUAAUGACGCUACACCUACCCCAGCCCCAGUACACACACAGACACAUGAGGAGGGCAGAGUGGGCACUCACUGAGGGCACGCUCCCUCUCUCCUCCCUGUCCUCCCCCACAUACCCCUCCUCCCCCUCUCUUUGGGGGUGGCGACCCCCCCGCUCCCCCACUCCUCCUUGCUCAGCCAGCCGGCGUUUCGCUGCCCGCAGCCGACUACACAGCAGCCCCAUGACUGCCAUCUCGGAGCGGGAAGGGGAGGGCGAAUCAAUGGAGGGCGAUGGGUUGGCCGUGACCAUCGGACUGGGCCGCGAUUCCUGCAAGACUUUUGGAUUGGUCGAGCUCACUGACGGACGUGCCGAGGCCACCAACGGCAGCCUUGAUUGGCAGCAGAGCAGGUCUAUGGAGACACACAACGUCUUGUGGGUUGGCUAGAGCACCAGACUGGUGAGUCGCUGUCCUACUCAUAUACCCAGGACAGAAGCUUCAGUCCAGGAUCUAGGAGACUUUAUGUAUCCUGCACCUGGGGAAAUUGUUGGAAGUCGAACACUGUCUCAAAAAAAACCUACCAUCCACCAGACUGGCUAUUGUACGGGACAGUGGAGGCUGGUGAGCGCAGCAAUAGGAGGAUGGGCUCAUUGUAACGGCUGGAAUGGAAUUAGUGGAGCGGAGUCAAACGUGUGUUUUCCAUGUGGUUCAUGUCUUUGAUACCAUUCCAUUUAUUUCAUUCCAGCCAUUACAAUGAGUCCGUCCUCCUAUAUCACCUUCCACCAGCCUCCGCUGGUACAAGAUGAUUGUCUCUGUUAAUAGAUUAUUGGAUAACAUGAAUGUUGUUUUUGUCUCUGUUGUUUCAGUGUUGUAUCUAGUUUUAGUAUGCAGCAGUAGCCAUUUUUGAGAUUAAGAAAGCAACAUUGUAUUAUAUUAUUAAAAUAUAUAAAAAAAAUAAAAAAUGUAUUUUGAGGUUCCAGUUACCAAAGACAAACUGUCACUCCCAGUGAAGCAACUGCUGCAGUGGGCAUGUCUGAGAAUGUCUCUUUUGAUUGUGAUUGGCUUAUUGUUUGGAAUCAUGAUUGUGAUUGGAAGGAAUGUAAUCUGCUUAAGUUAUCCUAUAGUUAUAUUAUUUGAUACUUAAAUGCUCUUUCAAACAAAUCAGAUCAAAUGUUAUUGGUCACGUACACAUAUUUAUCAGAUGUUAUUGAGGGUGUAGCGAAAUGCUCGUGUUCCUACUGUAGCUCCGACAGUGCAGUAAUAUCUAACAAUUUACAACAAAACACACAAAUCUAAAAGUAAAAUAAUGAAAUUAAGAAAUGUAUAAAUAUUUCAUGAAUUAAAUCAUCUUAUUUAGUUUUCUGACAUUAGACAUAAUUUGAUUGAGUGUUUUUUUAAAUUAAAUGUACUACGUGUUUUACUUCCCUCAUCUCACUAUAAAGUAUCUUCUGUCUCAUUUAUUUUUACUUGUACCUUUAAUACCUGGACUUUGUACAUUUUUAUAACAGUUUGAUUUUGUGUCCUACGAGUUUUCUAGUGAUUUCAUUUGAGAACUGUGAAGACAAUGGGAGUCCCAUUGUAUAUAGGUUAUCUGGAUUAGCCCUGGUGCUAGAUAUGGGUUUAGGGCCUUAGAGGUUAGAGAUAAAGUGUGUACAGAUUGUGUUUAGAGGGCAGAUGUGACAUAUCUAUAGGGAUAAAGUCAGGUGAACGAUAGACAGAGAUUAGAGGUGGAGUGGUUAUGGGGGAAGGAUAGAUAGAAGAACAAGUAAAAUAUGGAGAAAGAGAGAGGGGGUAGAGUGUGAGGUGAUAAAGAGUAGGAGAGAGGAGAGAGGGGUAGAGUGUGAGGUGAUAAAGAGUAGGAGAGAGGAGAGAGGGGUAGAGUGUGAGGUGAUAAAGAGUAGGAGAGAGGAGAGAGGGGUAGAGUGUGAGGUGAUAAAGAGUAGGAGAGAGGAGAGAGGGGUAGAGUGUGAGGUGAUAAAGAGUAGGAGAGAGGAGAGAGGGGUAGAGUGUGAGGUGAUAAAGAGUAGGAGAGAGGAGAGAGGGGUAGAGUGUGAGGUGAUAGAGAGUAGGAGAGAGGAGAGAGGGGGUAGAGUGUGAGGUGAUAAAGAGUAGGAGAGAGGAGAGAGGGGUAGAGUGUGAGGUGAUAAAGAGUAGGAGAGAGGAGAGAGGGGUAGAGUGUGAGGUGAUAAAGAGUAGGAGAGAGGAGAGAGGGGUAGAGUGUGAGGUGAUAAAGAGUAGGAGAGAGGAGAGAGGGGUAGAGUGUGAGGUGAUAAAGAGUAGGAGAGAGGAGAGAGGGGUAGAGUGUGAGGUGAUAAAGAGUAGGAGAGAGGAGAGAGGGGUAGAGUGUGAGGUGAUAAAGAGUAGGAGAGAGGAGAGGAGAGAGGGGUAGAGUGUGAGGUGAUAAAGAGUAGGAGAGAGGAGAGAGAUGGAUGUACAGACUGAGGAGAAGGAUGAAUGAUGAGUUGAAUAAAGUAUAUUAUAACAGA